UACAAGAUGAAACUGGUGAAAUUUCUACUGUUAUGUUCUUUUCCUAUUGUCUGGACCGAAAAAUCCGUAGACACAAGACCUGUCUGGAAAAUUGCAGUGUCAUACCGAGGAGUGGCAAUGAAUUUGAGUUGUGAAGAGUAUUACUUCAGUACUAAACUUCAAGAUUCGAAAAUCAUUUAUAAAGCCCUGAAAUUUAGAUGUGAAAAGCCAACAUUACCAUUUCCUCCUGCAUUUUUUCAAUCACGAUUCAAAGAAAAUUAUGAUUUUCAGAUUUUCCAAGUGAAGGCAAAGUUUGCAGAUGUUGUGACAAAUACUAUGCCACUAUCUCACAAGACAUUUCAGCAAGUGGAUUUCUCAACAGUGUCAAAUGUCGAACCAAUUCAUUUCUAUAUGAAGCGGUACAAAAAGAAACUCACUUGGCAAUCAGUUGUGAACCCGUUCACAAAACAGGUUUGGUUGGCCUUGAUCUUUACCAUUACAGUCUUUGGAUUAAUAUUCCGGAAAUUCGUGAAAGACAAUAAAGGGGAACCUUGGACCUUAAGGAGAACGUACUGGUAUUUGACGACAAUGUUAAUGUAUCAAGGAGUCGACUGCAACAACGUGAAUCGUUCAUCUUCUAGAAUAGCAUUUGGCAUCUGGUUGCUCAUGACAGCAGUCUUGAUCUGGGGUUACGCCGGAAUAUUGACGUCAUUUAUGGCCGUACAGACUGACGAACCGGUUCCUAACUCAUUCGACGAAUUAGAAAGAGCCAUUAAAAGACGAGAAUAUACAUGUGUACUGCUUCCGCAUCUUUACUUAAGUCGAUUCUUAAAUGAUAUUACAUUUAUGUACGGCUUACCCGAAUCUGUUCAAGGAUGGGAUUUGACAAUCAUCGAUGAUCUGAUGCAUGAACUGUCUCCAAAAACAGCAUUUUUGUUUACAACAGAAUCUCAUCACUGUAAUGUGAUCGAGUUAAGCCAAACACACGACAAUAUCAGAUAA